AAAAAGUUGUCAGCUCAUAUGCUAAAGCACCAAAAAAACGCCAUUAAUGGAGUCCUGCUCUUCCUCUGCUACUCUGAGUGCGAACCAUGGCUACUCGUGAAUUCAACAGCGCCGCCGGGAAGAUGACGAAGUUCUGCCGGAAAAUUAUCCACGUCAACCUCCGUUGGAGUGUAUUAGAGAGAGCUGCAGUGUUCCGGCGGUUAUUCAGGUUAUUUUGGGAGAGGUUUCUCGUCUGCUCGAUUAGAAUCCCUAAUGUCAAAUACAGGAGAUUAUCUGCUCGAAGAAGCGGUUCUUCUCCGUCAGUGCAGGCUCUAGUCUCCGGCGGCGGCGAUGACAGCUUCCCGACGACGACGACGUCGUACGGCUCUGGUUACGAGAGCGACUCGGAUUUAGUGUCGUUGAAGAUCGGUGCGUUAGGCGAUUGUCAGAUUGGGAAGACGAGAUUUCUGGUGAAGUACGUUGGAGAUGAACAGGAGAAGACAAGUUUGCAGAUGCAAGGAGUAAACGUGAUGGAUAAAACAAUGCGUAUUCAAGGAGCAACCAUUGCUUGCAGAAUCUGGGACGUUGGAGGAGACAGCAAUUCAUCCGAUCAAAUUCCAAUUGCUUGCAAAGAUGCUGUAGCUAUACUGUUUAUGUUCGAUCUCACCAGUAGAACCACUCUCAACAGCGUAAUUGGAUGGUACAGUGAAGCAAGAAAGUGGAAUAAGACAGCUAUUCCGAUAGUGAUUGGAACCAAAUUUGAUGAUUUUGUGCAGCUUCCACUUGACAUUCAAUGGACUGUUGUCACUCAGGCAAGGGCAUAUGCAAGGGCAAUGAAAGCAAGCCUGUUUUUCUCAAGUGCAACACACAACAUAAAUGUAAGCAAAAUCUUCAAGUUCAUCAUGGCCAAGCUUUUCAACUUGCCAUGGACUGUCCAGAGAAACUUGACCCCCGGCGAACCCAUUAUCGACCUCUUCUAACUUUACCUAUUUUCUUUCAUCACCAUAUUUGCUAAAAUCUAGCCUAAAUAUAAUCAUCUUGACCUCCCUAAUCUACCACGGUGGGUAAAAUGAUCGAUCAUUGAUAGUAUAGAUUAACUCGCCACACUAUUUAGUAAGCUCGUGUUUUACUAGUUUUCGCACUAAAGUAAAUAUUACAACUAAUACUUACUCCAUCCGUGCCUUAACAAUCUAUCCAUUUUUUUUAUUUUGGUCUGUUGCAUUACAAAGU